GAAAUUCCAGUGAUUCAGAAGAAGACGACCAGAGUACCAGCAGCAUAGAAAAUCAGGCCAUCCCAAACUCUCACAGGGUGCCAGAUUCCAAAUCGCAUCCACCGCACACCAAAAUAGAUGUCAUCAGGAAAGUGCAAGCCAAAAAUACGCAGCGCUAUAAAGUGGAAUAUGAUUCGCAGAGUACAGAUACACUUAAUUUCUCUUCUGAAUCCAAACAAGAGACUGAAUACGGUCCCUGUCGUAGAGAAAUGGAAGACACUUUAAACCACCUAAAGAUCCUGAAUGUCUUGAGUCCCAGGGGUUUUCAUAUUCCCAAUUGUGACAAGAAGGGGUUCUACAAGAAAAAGCAAUGUCGCCCAUCCAAAGGCCGAAAGAGAGGUUACUGCUGGUGCGUGGAUAAAUACGGACAGCCGCUUCCCGGGUAUGAUGACAAGGCAAAAGGAGAUGUCCACUGCUAUAACUUGGAAAGCAAAUGAGUGUUG